CAGCACCUUGGUUCCAUGGAAGAUAUUCAGGGAGGAGUUGAACAACGUGCAUCCCAUAUCAUCUGGUUUGGAGACGAUGGCGUUGAAGACCACCAUCGAUCUCACGUGUAACGACUUUAUAUCGAAUUUUGAAUUUGAUGUUUUUACGAGAUUAUUCCAACCGUGGAGUACGUUACUCCGAAACUGGCAACUGUUAGCGGUCACGCAUCCAGGAUAUGUGGCGUUUUUAACGUACGACGAGGUCAAGGCGAGGCUCCAGAAGUAUAUACACAGGGCUGGCAGUUAUGUGUUUAGGUUAUCAUGUACGCGGCUCGGCCAAUGGGCGAUAGGCUACGUGACGGUGGACGGAGAGAUCCUUCAGACGAUACCCCAGAACAAGAGCUUAGUACAAGCUUUAUUAGAUGGAUAUAGAGAGGGAUUUUACCUUUACCCGGACGGUCGGGACGUGAACCCGGACCUCAGCAGUGCAAUCAUAUCACCAGCCGAAGAUCAUAUCACUGUAACACAGGAACAGUACGAGUUGUAUUGUGAAAUGGGUAGCACGUUCCAAUUAUGUAAAAUUUGCGCGGAAAACGACAAGGACAUCAGGAUAGAACCCUGUGGGCAUCUACUAUGUACACCCUGCUUAACUGCGUGGCAAAUUGAUUCGGAAGGUCAAGGUUGUCCAUUCUGUCGAGCAGAGAUCAAAGGGACUGAGCAGGUCGUAGUGGACGCGUUUGUACCACCACGCCCGCCUAACACAACGUCAGAUAAAAACACAAAGACUGCAGUAAAACCGGUGUCUUCAAAUUCAUCCGGUUCUUCCGGAUCGUCCGGUUGCAAUGGUUCCAGUGUGGACGUGACAAUAUCAGGCAGUGCAAACGGCUGGGCGUCAAGAAACACAACAUUCAACGGACUCACAGAUGACAUUGACGAUGCCGAGGAUUGGGCAGAAUUCAACGCAGCCACCUCCACAAUAGACGCUUUGAGGCCAUCAGUGCGAUCCCCGGGCGCUUCGCCCCGCCAUAGCCCGAGGGCGCCGCGUAGGGCUCCGCAACCCAAUGAAAAUGCGUAUGGGGAAUUACGGGCGCCCCCAUUACCGCCUAGGAAGAGCCUGUCUCCGGCAGAACCUGCUAUCGUCGCUGCGUCUAGUGUUCAAGAUAUAGCAGCGGCCAGUAGCGCUCAUACGGAGCCACGAAGACGAUCCUCAUUAGAACCGGAGCCUGACUCCCGACACCGGCUCACCUCCAUCAUUACAGGCUCCACGGAAACCAUUACAGGGGUCAUUGACACCAGACAUGAGGUGCCACCUGACCCAAGGGCCUUUGAAAAACCCCGACGAGCCUGCACACCGCAGUCAAAUAGUCGUCCCCUUCCCGCACCCCCGCCCGAACGACCCGCAGAAACCCCCACUCCCACCGAACCCAAACCAGAGCGACAUCUACCGGACAACAGAUACAAUAACGAAAGACAAGAACUCCCAAACAGACAGGAAAGACCACCAGAUAACCGACAUCCCCCAAAUCCCCCCGAAAAUAGGCACCCAGUCCCCGAAAAUAGGCACCCAGUCCCCGAAAAUAGACACCCAGUGCCCGAAAACAGGCACCCAGUCCCCGAAAACAGGCCAAAUGACAGACACGUGCCAGAACGUCACCAAGAAAAUAGGCCAGAGAGGAUGGAGAGGCAAGACCGCCAUAUCCCCACCCCAGAGAGGCAAGAAAGACAUAUACAAGACAACAGACACGAGAUCCGAGUCAUGGAUAACAGAUCAGAAAGGCACAUUGCUCCAAUUGAUAAAUCGGAACGACAUUUGCCUCUAUCAGAUUCCCGGCAUACGGAUUUCCGUCUACCUCCAGAAAGACCGCCGGAGAAACCUGAUAGAAUUAUUGAAUCUAGGAGUAGUUUUGAUCGGGAAACUAGGCUUGAGAAUAGGGCACCGCCCAGGCAAAGGUCCUUGCCUGCGACGACAAGUGGGAGCGUCGACCAGCCUACGAAGUCCACUACAAUGCCUAAGUUCCCCUCAGAAGAUAUAAAAGACCCACCGUAUGAAAAUGUGGCUGUGGAGAAGAAUGAAUUGGCUGUAGCACCUAAAAAAAUCAACCCGCUCACGCACGACAAACACGGACGGAAAUACGGCGACAAUGUGUCGUAUGAAAACAUAAAUUUAGAUUAUAUCGCUCGUUUGGUAGGUGAGGGGUACCCAAAAGACAUCGUGGUACGCGCAUUGGGCAUCACACGUAAUGAUCUGGAAAUGGCCUGCGAUAUACUACAUGAGUUUGGAUCUAAAGUACCUAAUAAGUGUUAA